AGAAAAUGGCAUAAUUAUUCCAACUAUCCAUCAUCCCUAGGACUUAAAAUCAUGUGUUGAAAUUGGAUGUCUGAGUUGCUGUUGCUACGAUUUGAGUUCAGUGGAUGAAUUUGUGUACAUGCCCAAUACCUUUAUGGUGUUCGACAUACAUAUGGUAUAACAUUGGAGUAAAAAUUAAUCCUUUCACCAUGGCAGUGUAUAUACUCAAUAGCCUAAUGGCAUUUGACAUACAUUAUGUAACAUUGCAGAUAUUAAAAUUUCAUUGAAAUUGGUCUCAGAAAUAAAUCAUUUCACCAUGGCAAUGACUGCUCCCCAUAGAAACAGUCUACAGAGAUGUCGUGUGGCUCUUGAACAAGACCUCCAACCAGACAGUCUCUUCUCAUAUCUGAUACAAGAGAGCGUGUUAGCAGUAGACACGGUGGAUGAAAUCAAGCUGGAAGGAACACGCUUGAAGAAAAGUCAGAAGUUAUUGGACAUUCUUCCCACUUUCGGUGACCAUGCUUUCCAUGUGUUCUGUUUGGCUCUGGGUGAGACGGGACAGGGGUUCUUGUCAGAUUUGAUUCAACAGGAUGUCCUGGAGAGUUCUCAGGAUGUAGCUUCUCCAUACCAGGGGAGAGAAAAUCUAGUGAAGAUUUUAGCAGAAGAACUGAAACAUUAUUACUUGGAAACCCUAUCCCGUGUGUACCCCAUUCCUUGGUGUGACUGGCUUGAGGUAGACCUACAGCAUAUUUUCACCAACCUGGUCAUUGAAGAAACAAAUAGAUAUAUUGACGUUGCCGAACUGUUUGAACCCUCAAUCAAGGAGGGACCUGGAGGGGUUGGCUCUCUGCCAAGAAGUGUACUAAUACAAGGGGAUCCAGGAAUAGGAAAAAGUACACUAUCCAGAAAGCUUGUGUAUGAUUGGUCAUUAGCUGAUGGAAAUCCACCAAUCAAGAAAUAUGAUCUUGUAUUUUUAAUUGAGGCUCGUCACUUGCAAGAGGGUAUUAAGGAGGCAAUUUUCAAGCAGUUGCUGCCUAAGGAUUUUACCUAUACUCCAGAUCAGGUUUGGGAGGCUAUUACAGGGAUUCAGGAACGAGUGUUGUUUAUCGUUGAUGGCUAUGAUGAACUGAGAUACGUAGAACAAACAAACCUAUUUGAUCUUUUCAGUGGGAAAAUACUUAGUAAAUCUCACAAUAUAGUAACAUCCCGUCCUCAUUCUAUUACAGGUAUCAAAAAGAACUUCAGAAAGCAUGUUAUCAUUAAAGGAUUUUCCAAAGCAGAUUCCAAAAGCUACAUUGAAAAAUAUUUCACCUAUCAGGGCAAAAAUUCAGAGGAGUACAAAGAGCUUAUAUCCAGCAUUGAGAACAAGCCCGAGAUGCAAAAUCUGGCCACCAAUCCAUUCAAUACUGUUCUUCUGUGUCUGAUCUUUGAGGAUAAUCCACAUGCAGUCGUUUCCAACAAAAUCCAGGUCUACCAAGAGGUAGAAUACAGUGUGUGUAAAAGAUUGUGUACCAAAUUCGACAUACCAACCCGGGGGACCGAUCUUCCAGAAGUGUGUCUGCGAGUUCUUGAGAACCUGUAUUUCAUGGCUUUUUAUGGAAAUCUUAAUAAUCAGUUAAGAUUUAGUGAGGAAAACAUACGUGAAAAAUUGACCAAAGAAAUAGAUCUAACGCUACAGUCAGGUUUCCUUACAAAAGAGUUCAGUGUUUCACGGAUUCGUUUCGAAGAAUUCUACUUCUUUCCUCAUAAAACAUUGCAAGAAUAUUUCUCAGGAAAGUAUAUUGCUUGUCACCCGGAGGAAAGUUUGGAGGAAAUCCAUACAUAUUCAUUGACACCUGUUGGUGUGACGGCAUCCCAUUUCGAUGCUAUGGUCUGGGGAAUUAAGUGCGUUAAUAAUGCAGAAAACAUGCUUAAAAUCGCCAGGAAAGCAACAGAAAUUUGCUACAGGUUUUGGGCUAAAAUUUGUGGACAUUUUGACUUUGUUGACAUUGCUCUUUACCCUAGGCGAAACAUCAACUACAUCUUUAGCAACUUGUUUUAUGUGCUGUUCCAGUUUGCUCCAGCAUCUUGUUACCUGGCACCAGAAACCAUAGCAGCAGAGAUUGUCCCCUCUUUACCUAAGUGGGUAACGUUUCCAUUGGGCUUUACUGACACAUUUAAAUGGCUCUUGAUGAGCCCAGUGUGUCCAGUGACUCAUCUGAAGCUGGACUGCAGAUCAUGGGAGUCCAUUGCCCACUGCCAGUCCUUGGCAGCAGUUGAAGAAAUGAUGGACCAUAAUUCUUCAAUGACCAACAUCUUACUGCUGCUUAGAUGGUCUGCCACAUCCCACAUGGAGCCUUCCAGGCUACAAGUUGUGGGGAAUAUAUUUAAGCGUCUUGACAAUGUCCCUCAUGUUGCUGUGUCAGUUGACAUCGAGGAUGGUACCUCGGAGGAUUCCCUUGGAUGCCUGGUUUCAUUACUGCAUUCUCUUCAGCACUCUGUGUCCAUAAAGACAUUAAUUGUCUGUGCCAUAAUGAAGGAAGGUGAUGCUGAGACCAAAGCAUGGGGAAUCUUAUCCCCCAAGGACAAUAAAUUGAGCCCUGGACCACAGAUUACAGCACUUUUCUUUGAGAGAACAAACUAUCAUAGAUGUAUUGCCCUGAAAAAUGAGCAACUAAGAGACUGUGGCCCUCUUCAAGAGGGUGUUGAAAUACCACUGAUUCCAGCAACCAAAAGUAAUCAGUGGUUUGUAAGAGGGGAUAUUGUAAAAUACAUUGCAAUGCAGUGGAAAACUUUAUAAAUGAAUUGAAACAUAGCUGUGAUUAGUGGCAAAUGUGCUUUAUGUUAAUAUUAUAAGCUGCAAUAAAUUAAUUGUGCAGUUAUAUGGUGCUUUUAAUACAACUAGCAGAUUUUAGUGCUCAGGAAAUUAUUUCAUAUUGACCAAGAAAAUUAUCAUUUAGAUUUUUUUCAACUUGGAUUUAUUACAAUAAUUAUUAAUCCUGAAAGGUGACAUGCAUAUAUAGCACAUAUUUUGUUAUUUUAGCAAAUUAGCACCUUUGACAAUUUGUAUUAUAAACCUCAGUUUUUGUCGAUAAACCUGUUUUUGCCUAUUCUAUAAUGAGGAAUACAUUUAAAGAUUCAAAGAGUACACUAUUAUGGUGCUAUAAUAUACACUACUUUAUACAAUGGGAAUAAAUAUUGAGAUUUUGUCUCGUACAUUUACAUAUGUGAACAAAGAUGACUUUAAUCUUAUGCAAUAUACCAGAAACACAGUAAUAUGUAAUAUAAGGGCAAUAAAGGGUCAUUUAAAACAA